UUUAUUUGUUUUCAUUAAAAGAGUGAUUUUUUUUUAGAAAUUAAAGUGUCAUUAAUAAUACUUCUAACUUCGCCUACAAGGCUUAGACUGCAUACAUUGACCGGCAUGUGCUUUAGAUACAGGGCAGCAGUUUUUCCGGUUUCAUCACCCUUUAUCACCAUAGAACUAUAAAUUAAGAUUACAUAAUAAAGGUAGAAACAAAUUAAAAUAAGGUUAUAUAUAUAUUUAUACACGGAGAGAUUUUCCAUAGAGCUAGAAAUUUUAUUAUAGAUAUAUCCAAAAGAUUGAAAUUGAUCAAAUGAUGUAUUGGUCAUGCAUGCUGUUGUUACUGGUGGCGUUGUUGGUGGAGGUUGGAGCUAAGUGUGGAGAGAAAAGCCCAAAUAUCAGAUUCCCAUUUGGACUCAAACAUGACCAAAAUCACUCAGCCUACCCAGGGUUCGAGCUAUCUUGCAGUGCCAAACACACAGUUCUUGAGUUCCCAAAAUCAUCUUUGAAGUUCUUCGUAAAAGACAUUGACUAUAGAGCUCAAGUAAUUGAAGUUUACGACCCUGGUAAUUGCAUUCAGAGACAGCUUUUGAAAAUCCAUGACUUGCCAUCAAUUUCUCCAUUUCUUUUUGCCCAAGAUUUCCUCACUAAUUAUACCUUGUUCAAUUGUUCUAUCGAUGAAGGAGAUAGUAGUCUUUAUUACGAAUCCAUCCCUUGCCUUGCUGGCCCCGGAUUUACUAUUUAUCUUUCUGAGUCUCAAUCUGCAAUUGAAGACUUGCCCAUAUAUUGUACUAAGGUGAAUUACAGGGUUCUUUUCAGUGGAAUAUCUGCUAACAAAUUACAUUUGAAAUGGGUUGAACCGAAUUGUGGUCAUUGUGAAGCAAAAGGGAAGAGGUGUGGUCCCAAAUACAAUAAUAAUGGCACCAAUCUCGAAUUAAUUGAAUGUUUCCAUCCCAAAGGUGAAAAGAAGAAAUAUGUGGCUACUGGUGUUACCCUUGGUGCGGCAGUUCUGAUAGCGGUAAUUACUCUAGUAUAUCGUGCUUACAAUUCUAAUAAACAGGAAAAGGAGUAUAAACUGAGAAUAGAGAGAUUUUUGGAGGAUUACAAUGCUCUUAAACCAAGCAGGUAUACAUAUGCUGAUAUCAAGCAAAUUACAAGUAAAUUCAUGGAAAAAUUGGGGGAAGGAGCUUAUGGGACCGUUUACAAAGGAAAGCUCUCUGCGGAUUUAUUCGUUGCAGUGAAAAUCCUUAACAGUUCAAAAGGAAAUGGAGAAGAGUUUAUAAAUGAAGUUGGAACAAUAGGUCGAAUUCACCAUGUCAAUGUGGUUCGUUUGGUUGGCUAUUGUGCGGAUGGAGCUAGGAGAGGACUUGUUUAUGAGUUCUCACCAAAUGGGUCAUUGCAACGACACAUAUCUUCACCGGAUUCUGAACAUUUUCUUGGCUGGAAAAAGUUGCAAGAAAUUACUUUAGGUAUAGCCAAAGGAGUUGAAUAUCUUCACCAAGGGUGUGAUCAACAAAUCCUUCAUUUCGAUAUAAAACCUCAUAAUGUAUUGUUGGACGAAAACUUCACUCCAAAAAUUUCAGAUUUUGGUUUGGCCAAGCUGUGUUUGAAGGAUCAAAGUAUAGUGUCAAUGACCACAGCUAGAGGAACGAUGGGGUACAUUGCACCUGAAGUCUUCUCAAGAAACUUUGGAAAUGUAUCAUAUAAGUCGGAUAUUUAUAGUUUUGGAAUGGUGCUGCUAGAAAUGGUUGGUGGGAAGAAGAUUACAGACGUAAAAGAGGACAAUACUAGUCAAGUUCACUACCCAGAAUGGAUCUAUAACCUCUUAGAAGAAGGAGAAGAUCUACGAAUCCAUAUUGACAAAGAAGAAGAUGCUAAGAUUGCCAAGAAAUUAGCAAUUGUAGGUCUAUGGUGCAUUCAGUGGCACCCUACAGAUCGUCCAUCCAUGAAACUUAUAGUUCAAAUGCUCGAAGGAGAGGAAAAGUUAACCUUUCCACCAAAUCCUUUUGGCUCUACAUAUCCAACGAAACAAUUGUUGAUGUGCCAACAAAAAAACUUCAGACGAACCGAGAGUAAAAAGCUAUACCUGAAUUAGUGUCAGCACGUAUGAGAUAUUUUUUACCUCCAAAAUGUUGAUAUCUACUUUUGUCAA